AUGUUCCAAUCCUCCAAACCGUAUUCGGCAGUGACCGUACAAAUUGAGGUCCUUACGAGCGAGCAAUAUGAAGUCGAAGACUCAAGCGGUAUCGUUGAUCUAGUGGAAGUAGUUCGCAUCCAGGCCAGCGGGCCAAUGGAAGCAAGCCGUGCUCUUCGCAAGAAGCUAAAAUACGGCAAUAUCCACCGACAACUGCGCGCGCUUACUAUCCUCGACUUCCUUGUUCAAAAUGCCGGAGAACGUUUCUUGCGCGACUUCGCCGAUGAGGCACUGCUCGAACGUCUGCGAAUUGCAGCUACUGAUUCCGUUUCGGAUCCACUCGUGAAACAGAAAUGCAAACAGAUUUUUGGACAAUGGGCAACAACUUAUAAGGACACCCCCGGCAUGGCGAAGGUCACGGCGCUAUACAAGCAAGUUCCCAAGCGAAAGCAGCCUGCAACGCAGGCAAAAGCCAAAGUUCUCCGCGAGGGCUCGAAUUCAAACGAACCCCCGAUGGGUCAUGCUGUAUCUGUGUCAGGGGGCAGCGGACCAUCCACUUUGCUGACCAGCCCCAAAGAAAAGUCCAAGCCCAAGAAAGUCAAGAAAGAUAAGAAAUUAUCAAUUAGUCUCAAGAGGUUUGAUAUGGAAAAGGAGCGUCCGGAGAUCCUGCAAGCACUUGCUGCGUCUUCCGUCGCCAGCACCAACCUGUUGAAUGCUCUUAAACUCGUCAAUCGCGAGACGCAUCGAGUGAGCGAGGACGCGGAAUGCAGUAACCGAUUCGAUACAUGCAAGGAGCUUCGUCAUACGAUCCUUCGAUACAUCCAGUAUAUAGAAACAGAAGAGUUCCUGGGCGGUCUCAUCCAUGCAAAUGAGGAGCUGGUGGAUGCAUUGAUGGCAUAUGAGGUGCUAGACAAGAGUGUGGACUAUGACAGUGAUAGUGAGGACGACAUUUUGGAAGGAAAUUGGAAGCAAAGACAUGGACUUGGACUGCACGACACAGACGUCAAUGACGGCCUUGCUGGGCUUAACAUCAAUCCCGCGAAGCCGCCACGGCCGAAUCGUCCUGAUAGUCUGCCUCUUGCAUCUUCGUCGCAGCACACACGCCAAAUCUUUGAGAGCGAGAGUGAGUCGGAAGAAGAGGAUGAUGACGACAAUCCCUUUGGGGACAGGAAUGCUAUUAAGACCCCGGCCAUUGAGAAACCUGGGCUUUCUUGGAAAGAGGUCUGA